AUGAGCAAGCGUCGUAUCCAAGACUCGGAUGACUCCAGUGGAGAGGAGGACAAUCCGAAAGUCUCAAAGUUUGCCACUUCUGAAUCUCAUACCUCCGAUAGCGAUAACGAGUGGAACACUAAUGGGAAGAACAAACGCAUCAAGAAGGAAAAGCGCAACAAGCCCAAGAUCGAGGAUGAUUCUGACUCAGAUUCCGAAGCGUCGGAUGAGUUCGACGACGGGCUCGGAGACGAUCUUAUCGGUGAUGAAAAGGAUCGAGAGCAGAUCGAGGCUAUGACGGAAAUGGAACGAGAACAGGUUCUUUUUGCCAGAGGUGAGCGCCGAGAAGCAGAGAGGAAACGCUGGGAAAUUGAAAGGAGGAUCAAGCAACGAAAUAAGGAAAAGAAACCGGAUAGCGAUGAUGACGACGAUUCUCCAAAACGAGCAAGAGAAAAGUCUAGCUCUCCAGAGCCUUCUGAUCCUGCUCUAGCGAGAGCAAGAAAUCAAAAACGCGAUCAAAACGAAGCUCUAGGCCGACUGAAGGAACAGCGCGAAAAGAAGGAGCGAGCGAAAGAGGCAAAUAAAAGCUCUUCUGGGCCACUCAACGUCGGCGAUUACUUUUCAUCUGAUUCGGAAGGAGAGGAUGAAGAUGAUUCACGCAAUAAUCUAGCUAGCUCUGAUUCUGACUCUGAUGAUGAUCGAAGACGCUCCUCGGAUGACGAUAAAGAAGAUGAAGAGCUCGCUAGAAAACGCAAAAAAGUCGAGUCCAAAGAAGAGCUCAAGCCAGCAAAAAUGUCGCGCUUCAGACUUUGCCAAUGGAUGCACAUGCCCUGGUUCCGAAAUACAAUUGUCGGAACAUAUGUUCGUGUCUCUAUUGGUCUUGGAGACGAGUCUGGCGCUCGAUAUAGAAUCGCAGAAAUAAAGGAUACUGGAGAAAGCUCGAAAACUUAUAAACUAGACCCUGGUGAUCCAAAAGCAACGAAAAUCCAAACAAACAAAACUCUUCUCCUGAGGAUAGGCAACUCUGACCGUCCCUUCAGAAUGUGCUUCAUUUCAAAUAGCGACUGGUCUGAUACCGAGUUCGAUUUCUGGAAGAAACACUGUCUAAAGAGCGGGCUGCCAACAGUCGGAGAAAUCGAAAAGAAGCAAAAAGAGCUCGAGAGAAUGAAAAAACAUGUUAUCACUGAUAGAGAGGUAGACACAAUGGUCAAAGAAAAGGCUAAACAUAGAACAAAUCCAAUUAACUUUGCGCUACAAAAAACAACACUGCUCAAAAUGCGAGAUGCCGCGGAGACGGCUGGUAACAUAGAAGAAGUCGCUAGUAUUCAAUCUAAACUAGAAGAAAUUGAAAAGAAGGCAAAUAAACUGAAUCGCGAUCGGCAAGUCGACAUUGCUGGUAUAACGGAAAUCAACGAGCGUAGUCGGAGGAAGAUUAGAGGCAUGGAAAGUGUCUGCGAAAAAGAAUGGGCCAAGUUCAGAAAUAACGACAAAGUAGAUCCGUUCACAAGGCGGACAACUGCCCCUAUUCUCGUUUCAAAUACGACACAGGACAACAAGGUCCAAAUCAAAAACCUACUCGCCGAGCGUUAUACCACCGACAUCGACAUGCACUACGAAUCACUAACCUUCUCGGGCGGCAAAGGUGACAAAAAGGAGGAAGAAGCCGAAGACGAGAAGAAAAAGCCCGAAAUGGGAGGACACAAGGUCUACCACUCCGAAGUCGACGAUGGAGGAAACCAGUACAACUGGUUCCUGAAGGAAUACAAACCUCCAACCCAGUGGCCAAACAGCAUCGACACCACUCAUCCCACUCACGACCGAACUCCCAAGGGCGGUUGGUUCCCCUAUGGUGUCCCAUUUGGUGCCGAUAUCUGGAAGAUCUGGGGUACUGAAGGUCUUGUUAAGCGACCAGCGAAGGUUUCCCGGGCUCAGCGAGCCGAGGCCAAGCUUAACACUUACUGGCAAGCUCCACCAGAUCACUGCCAGGAGUUUUACAUGAACUUCCAGAAGUGCCUCCGCGACAAGCAGCAAUACUACAACCACAUUUUCGCCGAUGUUCCAGGCAAAGGUGGCACCAAGUCCGGCGAUUGCGGAAUCUUCAUGGCCCAGGUCAACGACUGCUGGCUCAACGAGCAAGUCGUUGGUGUUGCUCUCCACGAACGAGUCAAGCGAAUCCAAGAUCAUAUGAAUAUCGAUUAUCUGCCGAAAGGAUGGUUCUAG